CGGUAUUCUCCGACAAGCUAAUCUAAGUCGGAACAUGUGUUAAAAGUUGAUAGGCAGGUGAAAUGGGGCACAAAGUCAAGGAUAACUCAUCUGAGUUGUGAAGGAUAAAGUCGUCAGGACAGUAACAAACGGAUGUAUGGCUCGCUUACUGCGGUCCUAUUUAAGAAGAUAAAAAUAAUGGCCGAGGGAGGAAAAGGUUAUAACGAAUCAGAUUCUGGAAGCGUCCAACGUCAAUUCAGCACAGUCAGUUUUCAUUCGACGUUUCAGUGUGAAAAUACAUCAGAAGAGUUAUUCAGAUUGAUGAACUGUCUUGGCUAUGGACCGGAGAUCAUAAAGGCACGGAGAGACAUCUACAAACAACACGAAAUGCUGUAUAAUGCAGGCCUGUAUGAGCAGUAUGGUGCAACAAGCAUAAUUUCAGGUAGCAAGGGCGAGGGACUGUCAUUCUUCCUGGAGAGUGAUACGGACCUUGUGUAUAUACUACCAGAUGUCAUGUGUUUAGAAGAUGGUAUUCAGCAUGUCAACCUUUCAAGCGAGACCACUGUCUUGAGAUUGCACACCCGUAUGAGUUACCCAGGACACUGCAGAUUGCUCAAAGAGAGGUGCGGUUGGAUACUUCCAGCCCUCGCCAAUUCGUUUUGUGAUGAUGGAUAUGGUCGCACAAUCGUGAGUAGUGACUUAUUCAUACAUGAAUGUAAAAAGAAAUCUCGAGGUAUUGGAGUGUCAAAAAACCGCGCAGGUCCAUCGUUGCCGAAUGUGUUUUUCGGAAUCUUGGAUAGGGACAUGGUGUAUUCACUACGAUGUCACUGCCCAAGUAUAUUGCAGAGAUGGGCCGAAAGGUCAAGACAUUGGCCAUCGCCAUCUGUAGUUCAGAAUGUCGUGAGCAUGGGAGCAUGUGUAACUCCUGUUGGAUUCAAGGAGAGUGAAUAUUCACAUGUCGAAUGGAGGAUUUGUUUUAAUACCGGAGAGAAGGAGCUGGUAUUUAAUCUCAACGACGUUCAGGUGAAGCUCUACAUUUUAUUGAAAAUGGUGAAGAAAGAUGUACUCAAACCCCGUAACAAAGAGAUAACGUCGUAUACCUUGAAAAACAUUAUACUAUGGCAAGCAGAGAAAAACCUACAAUCAUUAUUUAAUGAACGGAGUUUGUUACAUUGGCUGAAUAAAGCAUUAUGCGAUCUGAGAACUGCAAUUAACACACAGCAGCUUCCUUACUAUAUGAUUCCGGAGAGGAAUUUGAUGGCAGCCAGUGGGCUAGUGUCUGAGAGGCAGAGUGAAUUUGUUGCAAAGCUUACGGACAUGAUCAACGAGGGCCCCAGAGUAAUUUUGAGAUUGCAAAAAUUAAGGAAAGCAAUAGUUGCUCACCCCGAGCCAUUACUUUGGUACAGUAGAAAGAGAAUUGAACUGGAGUUGGUUUGGCUGUUAAGCUCUCUCUCAUACCAACUCUCCAAGAGGCCCGGUGCAACCCACGUCUCAGAUCUCAUUAAGCUGGUAACAUUUCAACGAUUAAAUGAAAUAGUGGGGAAGGUAGACCAAAGGAUGAUUAUGGAAGGCAGUCGUGUUGAUGAUAUCCACUAUGAUGUAUGGUUUAGAAUGCUUAUGUAAAACCAUACAUUUAAUGUAAACAUAAAUAAAAAUAUUUACAAAUAAACAAAUUCUAAACUCAACUGCAAUGCAAAAUAUAUGGAGUACUUACUGAUAAACUUAAUAAUAGAAAUAAGGUUUUUUCACACAUCUGGAUAUUGAAAGCUGAGAAAUUGAUUACAAAAGACACAUAACAUAUUUUACUUUGUGCUAAUUUUGUUUAUUUGCUUUCUUUCAUGACCAUUUUGAAAUAUUGCCAUUUAUUAUAAAACUUUUUGAUAGAUUGUAAAUACGUUAUUGUAUUUGUUUAAUUAUGAAUGAUAUCAUACCUGCUUUAAGUACGGGGAUUACAAUUUUGCUGUACAAUUGUUAAAUUUGAUAUCGUUGAGGUCGUUUUUGUAGUAUUAGAUUUUCAUAGGAUAUAAUUUAAUGUAUUGAGCUAGGAAUUGUUAUUGUCGCUUCCAUUCAACAUAAAACAUUAUUCAUAUGUAUGUACACAUGUACAUUUAUUUAAGAAACUGUUUCGCUGUAAAUAUACUACUUCAGAUAGUGUUCAUGUUGCUAUGGCAUUUGAUACGAGUUUGCACUGUGAAUGUAUGUAUUCAUAUAAUUUGUGUUGAGUUGAAUAAAUUCGUUGCUUGAUAUCCUA